CAGAGUUUAUCAGUUUGAUAUGUUUUUAAUUGAAUGAAAAAUGAUGGCAUAUUGUAAAGAGAUCAUUUCAUUUCUUCUUCUCCAGUCCUUACUUAUUAAUUUCUCCUUGUGCUACAUCGUGAAACGAAAAGCACCAGAAGGAAAACUUUACGUAUUUUUAAAAAGAGAAGGAUGUGUAUCAGUACAAAGUGGAAGUCCUUGUACAUUAAACUGGAAAUUGAAUCCAUACAUCGCCAAAGUUUACACACAGAAGAACAAGGUCGUUUCACAUGCACUCAAUCUCUAUACUCAACUUGGCGUUUCAUCUUUGUGCAGAGAUGCUGUUAAAGAAGCGUUAUGUUCACAAGUGACCCCAAGAUGUUCAGAAAGCGAUUACAGUCGAGAUUAUGGUGAUGUUACAAGGCUGUGUAACAACGUUUACUCUCGUUGUCCUUCAGAUCUCGUAAAUGAUUUAAAGAACCAAAAAUUCUGCAAGAAUUUUAAAAAGGGCAGACAUUCAAACGGUCAGUGUGUUGCGAAUACUGCACCCAUCAGUGGUGCUUGUCCGCAGCCAAAGUAUAAGAUGACAUCGUGGUUCCUUGAAGAAUAUCGAAAAACUUCUGUAAGAAUCCAGCCAGCUUUGAGACGUAUUCGUAGUCUACAAUACGGUGAUGGUAGAAGGAUUUUUUCACAUUUAUGUGUUUCACGAAUAACUGAAAUUAAAUGUGCAGCAAUUUAUUGCUCAGCAACUGAAGCUGAGCUCUUGGUAAAAAUGAAUAGAAAUGAUUGCCAUCAGGUCGUCAGUGACUGUGUCGACGAACCAUUUAUAAGAUUGUCAAAUUCGACUAGUGAUUGGAAUGCUUUGAAUACUUUGAGAAAUCAACUUAGAACGAAUUGCAACUUCUAUGCUGCGUCUUCGCCAGACUUGCGAUCUGAGCCUGCACGCAUUAAUAGUGGAAACAGACAACACGGAGCCAAUGGAAUGCUGCCCAUUGCCUUUUUUGCACUUGUAAAUGUGAUUUUAAUUUCAUAAGAUUCAGUUAAAUUAAAGAUAUUAUUAUAUUCAUUUGUAUUCAGAAAAACUUCACACAAAGUUUGACUCAAUAUAGUAACACUUAGUGUCAGUCUCAAUACUACUUGCAUGAUAUUUUUUAAUUUUAUAGUUGGUGGAUACUUUGUAUGAUUCUUUCUGAUUAGUCGUUUUCACGUAUUAUGCAUUGGAAUGCAUUGAUAAUAAUAUAAAUACUAGUAAGAAUAUUGAUGUUAAAUUGUUAAAUUGUUAAACUAAAAGGGAAACUUUACGUAUUUUCAA